GCGCAGUGCAGUGGAGCGAGGCGCGCGAACAUUCUCAACACACACGACAGUGCAACGGGCAAGCAAGCGUUUCUUCCCUUCCUCGCUCGCACCAGCUCGGCUCACCUCCUCCUCUUUGGGUUCACACACAUCAACAAUGGCUUCCAGGCGCACACGUGUCGCCUACUACUACGACUUCGAUGUCGGCAACUACUACUAUGGCCCAGGCCAUCCCAUGAAGCCGCACCGCAUUCGCAUGGCGCACAACCUCAUCCUCAACUAUGGCCUGUACAAGAAGAUGGAAGUCUACCGCCCACACCGCGCCACCUUUGAGGACAUGACCAAGUACCACUCUGACGAGUACGUGUCGUUCAUCCGCGACAUGGACCCAGACAAGCUGGAGGCCUCCCCACCAGACUCGGCGCGCUUCAACGUCGGCGACGACUGCCCCGUCUUUGAUGGCCUCUACGAGUUUUGCCAGCUCUCUGCCGGCGGCUCUCUCGCUGGCGCUGCGAAGCUCAACAGCAAGCAGUGCGACAUUGCCAUCAACUGGGCUGGCGGCCUGCACCACGCCAAGAAGAGCGAGGCAUCAGGCUUCUGCUACGUCAACGACAUUGUCCUCGGCAUCCUCGAGCUCCUCAAGCGGCACCAGCGCGUGCUGUAUGUGGACAUUGACAUCCACCACGGUGACGGCGUAGAGGAGGCGUUUUACUGCACAAACCGCGUCAUGACCGUCUCCUUCCACAAGUUUGGCGAAUACUUUCCGGGCACAGGCGACAUUGGCGAUAUUGGCCACGGCGAGGGCAAGAACUAUGCGGUGAAUGUCCCGCUGAAGGACGGCAUGAACGAUGAGUGCUACGAGCUCAUCUUCAAGCCCGUCAUGGACCACAUCAUGCAGUUUUACGACCCGGGCGCUGUUGUGCUGCAGUGCGGCGCUGACUCGCUCGCCGGCGACCGUCUUGGCUGCUUCAACCUCUCCCUCAAGGGCCAUGCCAAGUGCGUGGAACACAUGAAGUCGUACAACAAGCCGCUGCUGCUGCUUGGUGGCGGUGGAUACACCAUCCGCAACGUGGCCCGCUGCUGGACAUACGAGACGUCCGUUGCCCUGGGCACCGAGAUCUCCGACGAGCUGCCUUUCAAUGACUACUACGAGUACUUUGGCCCAGACUUCCGCCUUCACAUCACACCGGGUAAUGCAGAGAACUUCAACUCGAAGCAGGACAUUGAUCAGAUUAUUGGCACCAUCAUGAGCAACCUCAAGAGCUCGCAGGCCACCCCAGGCGUCCAAUCUCGCGCGCUGCUUGACAUUACGCGCGUUGAGGACGAGGGCGACGCUGAUGCGCAGGAUCCGGACAAGCGGACGCAGUACGAGAACGACCGCCAUGUCGAGCACGACGCAGACUUGUCUGCCUCGGACGGCGAGGGCAAGGCGAAGCACCAACACAACUACGGCAGGGCGAUGGAUGUAGACGAUGCCGCUGAGAAGAAGCAGGAAGAGGCAGAGCACCAGCCGAAGGAGGAGCAGGAGGACAAGGCGGCUGGGCACGCCGCCGCCGCCGCCGACCAGGAAGAAACGACGCAGGAGCAGCCUGCUGCUGAUAGCGCGACGACAGCGGCUACCACCGCUGACACGGCAGCAUCGGCAGAGCAGACGCAGCCUGCGAGCAUGGAGAUGGGAGGCGAUGAUGCCGCCACCAGCAAGCAGCCAGACGCACCGGCCACAGCACCAGAGGCUGAGACCACACCCGCUGGUAAUGCCGAAGUGCACCAGCAACAGGAGCCACAGCAAGCACAGCCACAGCACCAACCAUCGGAGCAGGCAGAGGUGGCCACGGCGGUGUCGGAGGCCUCCAACGCUGGCGACGCCGCUCACCAACAAGAAGGCGCAAGCGAGGCUGCCACUGCACCUACAGAUGCCACCACGGCCACUACCACGGCGCCAGCGACGGCGCCACCAAAGACUGACAAUGCAGCGGAAACGACUACCGCCACGUCCUCCACACCUGCCCCCGCCGCUACUACCACUACUACCACCACCACCACUAUGACCCCCUCUGUUGCACCACCUGCCACAACAACCACCGCUCCAGCUGCACCCGCGCCCGCCACGACCGCGCCCGCGCCUGUCACCACUGAUGUCACGGCUGCACCACAAACUGAGGCGAGCAUGGACACUUCUGCUGAUGCCUAA